CGCCGCUCCUGGCACCCAUUGCCACGCGGAGUGUGGGCGGGGAGGGGGCGGGGGCGGCUGACAGAGAAGCCAACACCAGCAACAGUAGCGGGGCAGAAGCGGCCAGGGCAGCAGCCAGGGCGCUCGGAGCGGUGCUGCGCCGCCGACAGUUUGUGGGUCGGCGCGCGGUGACCGAACCCCAUGUGAGCGUCUCCUCCUGCCCCCGACGACGCAACAGCUUAGGAGUGAGCAGUUGCAUCACAGCUUCUAUCAUCGUGGAAGAAGAGGAGGAGGAACAGUCCUCUCCACUAUGGGAGCGAACAAGGAGGAUGUCGGCCAUCUGCUUCGUGUGUAACCUGCCCAUCCUGAGCCAUCAGGUCGGGCUGGUCUGGGAGGGCGGCAAUGGCUACGACGAGAUGCAGAGCGAGAGUUCCUCGCCGCGGCCUCGCGUGGGCCGCCGGGACUCCUGCGCUCAGAUCACCACCAUCGAGCCCCCGCGGGAGAUACGGGAAACCUCCCCUACCUCCCGCAGGCGGCGCUCCUCCUUGGCGCAGCUGACGGACAUCCUGCGGGACUGGGGCCGCCGGGACGUGGCGGAGCAGCGGUCUACUAGCACGUGCACGACGGCCAGCACCACGCCCGUGGGGCCGCUCACCCGGCGGGAGAGUCGCGACCUGAGCCGCAGAGAGUCCUUCGUAGAGAUGGCCAAGUCCCUCCCGUGGAGAAGGAAAGAGUCCCUCGUGGACGUCCCGCGCAUCAAGAACCGCCGGGAGUCCUCCGCUGAGAUGAAAAAACGGCGGCAGAGCGGCACCGACAUCCGGACCGACAUCGCGAAGUUCCUGGCGCGGCGGGAGAGCGUGACGGAGAUACUCCGGCGGCGCGCGAGACUCCCUGGAGCAGGAGAAGAAGGAGCGACGGGGACUCGACCACGCAGGUGUACACGCGCUCCUCCCGCAACAGUGUGGACAAGACCGCCUCGCCGGACCGCCCCGAGAUCCACUCCCCCCGCCACGUGUCCUCGCCCGAGCCCCGCGAGCUGGCCCCCAGACCCUCCGUCACGCCCCAGGUGUCGGCGGAGUCCCACAUCUCCCAGGCGUCACUUGCCUCCCAGCUGUCGGGGGUGGGGGAGGCGGCGGGCGGGGGCACGGCCGAGGGUGAGGUCGCCCGUGUCUUCGCCAGCACCGUCCUCGCCCACCACCACCACCACAACCACCAAGCGCGAGUCCAUAACGCAGCUGUACCGCGGCAAGGCGGGACUCGCGGCCCCAGGUGUCGCCGGAGCGCGGGUCAGGGCGCGGCAGCAGGGAGACCUCGCCCAAGUACAGCAGGCUGCGGCGCCAGUCCACCGCCAUCGAGGAGGCCCUGCCGCUGCCCGGCUCGCGGCGAGGCUCGCGCCCCUUCCUCUCGCCAGACGGGCCGGAGACCGAUGGCCUCGCCAAGAAGUGUCGCCGAGACUCCCUGUCGCCGGACUCCGCGGCGGUGGAGGAGCUGUCGCUGGGCAGGAAGGCGCGCCGAGACUCCCGCCCACACCUCUCGCCAGAAGCCAGCGACUCCAACUCCAGAGAGACGUCCCCGCGCAGCAGACUGCGGCGCCAGUCCACCACGGCGGCCGAGUACUGCGGCCGGGGACGCCGACCCUCGCGAUCUCCAAGGUCACCUGACUCUUCCUCCACCUGUUCUUCCAGGGAGCACUCGCCCAAGGACCUGGGGUUUGCGGCGCCAGUCCACCACGGAGGAGAUCCUGCUGUCCCGGGGCUUUAGGAGACAGUCCACCACGGAGGACAUCAUGCGGGCCAGGAACUUCCGCCGCCCAGAGCACCCAGA